AAAAAAAGAGGCUUCCAAGAGCUCACUCUCCCACUCAACAGUCGAAGAUUUAUCCCCAAUUCCAAACCCUCGAUCCCCUUCCUCCACCCCGGCCGCCAUGGCCGCGCCGGCGUCGGACUCGAUCCCCAUCCCCGACGAGCUCCUGGAGGAGGUACUCCUCCGCCUGCCCACCCUGAACGCGCUCGCCCUUGCCUCCGCCGCCUGCACGUCCUUCCGCCGCGUCAUCAAAGGCCGCGCCUUCCGCCGCCGCUUCCGCGCGCUGCACCGUCCUCCCCUCCUCGGCUUCAUUGACGCGGCUGGAUUCCGCCCCACCGAAGCGCCGCACCCCUCCGCCCCGCUCGCCGGCGCCCUCGCCCCCUUCGCCGCCGAUUUCUCCUUCGUCCCGGUCCCGGCCGUCGUUUCUUCUUCCUGCUCCCACCACCCGCCAGGGGAAGGCCCCCGCUGGCGGCCCCGCGACGUCCGCGACGGCCGCGUCCUCCUCCAUUGGAUCUCCCUCCACCACUGCACCAUCAACAACUGGGGCUACUCCGAAGAAUUGAUCUCCCUCAACGGUGACUACGACGAUGGUGUCAGGACCAAACGGGAGCGGUGCAACGCCGCCAAGGUCCACCUCGCGGUCUGCCAUCCCUUAUCCCGCAGAUACGUGCUGCUUCCAACCAUCCCCGAGUACCUCGCUGCCCAGCCGCAAGAUCGCCUUUGGGCAUUCGAGCCCGUGCUAGCUCCCGCCACCGGCGACCAUGGAGAGGAGGAGCCCUUCAAGGUGAUAUGCUUUGCAAGAUACCGGAAAAAGUUCGUCCUCUUUGUCUUUUCGUCCACAGCUAGUGAGCAAUGGUCUAUGGUCGAGUCUCCCAGCAGCUUCCUUUCAUUGGAACGCAUGUCCUGUUUUGACUGCGUGCGCGACUGCUUCUACUGGACAGCACCUUAUCACUGGAGUGACCAUCUGAUGGUGUUGGACACGCGCACCAUGAGGUUCUCCACUGUUGAUCUUCUCACCGGCUGCCAUCAAGGGAUCAUAGAUCUGGAUGACCAGAUGUUUCGUCUUCGGCGUCCGAAUGCAGUUGUUGCAGGUAGACAAGGAGCCCUUGAGAUGUUUUCUCUUGUCCGUCAACACGGGUCCUUUGCUCUCUACCAUACCUCUCUGCAGAAUAAUUCCCAAGAAUGGAAGCUGGAGAAGAUCGUACAACUGCCUGACCAGUAUGAUGGCUAUUCUGUUUCCACGGCGGGUGCAGCUGAGGGAUUCUUGUUCUUCCAAGGUGCUCCAGAAGGUCAUCCGGUUGAGCAUGUGGAUUGUUACUCAAUGGAGGUCAAGACUUAUGAAAUUACCAAGGUCUGUUCCAAGUUGGUGGACUUCUCCAAUCAGAAGCGUGCCCUCCCAUACUUUAGCUUCCCAUCGGUGUUAUCGGAACCAACUAUUUGAUCAACUGUAAGAUGGAUCUGGGAUUCUUGGGAGAUCACGAAUAAGCAGAUCCGACCUCGCAUAUGAGCCGCUUCUAUAUGGUCUUGCUUUGGCCAUAGCAUCUGUCGUUGGAUGGAGGAGUUUCAAGAUGGUGCUACAAAUCUGCCAGCAUGUAGUCAUCAUGUAGUUUGAUAUGUCUGUAUUAAGCGUUUAUGCUUGUAUGUAUGUACGCAGGAUAUGCCCCUAUUAUGUUGACUUUUACCAACACUAUCAUCUAAGAAUGGUACCGAUGUUUGUGUUGGAAGACUAGUUUGGCCAAUUAUGCCGACUUUGGUUAUAUAAUAUAUAUUCCAUGUGUUCCUUGGUCUA